UCUAUAGGCUAUCGACUCAUUACAAGUGAAUACUUAUUUGCUUGCGCUGCUCUCUGAAAUAUCCUCGCGGAUUGUUUUUUUUGUUUUCCACGCUCCAGCCUAUGUUUAAUGACAAUUAUAUAGACAUUUCACAUUUGUGCUAGCGUCAUUUCGUUUAAACGAAGGCCAAAAUGGAUUCUGAAUCCCACCCAAAACCAGAUUUUUGGCACUCUUGAAUACCGUUAUAAUCACCAAGAGAGCUUCAAGUGGCCUAUCAUAAGCGAAGCCGAGACAAUCACGCUCCUUUAUGUUUCAAGUUAUGUACAUUGUCUCCUAUGAAUAGUGCGACGUUCAAGAGCCUCUUCACAUCCUAGUCUUGUGUACAGAAAUUCGAUUUUCGAUUACGGCUAUUAAAAUUAAAAUAUGCAAUUCUUCUGGUGGCGCGAUGCCUUCUCUGAUUGACAGUUGAAAUUGACACCCUGGCUGCCUCUAAUCUCGAGCAUUUGAAGCCAUCACUAAUUGCAGGUAGUCCAUCUUUUCAGUGUUUUCGAUUGCAUGGGAACUAUUAGGCUAUGCGAUUAUUUUAGGAGGUAGCCUACGGGUUGUACAUAAAGGGGAAAAGAAAUCCUAAUUCUAAUUGCUUCAUCAAAAUUAUCUUUUGUUGCCAGGGUUUAAAUGCCUGAGAAAGUAUUAUUCAUUGUUUUGCACCGGAUAUAGCUUGAGGUAUGGGCUGGUAGGGAUGCAUAGCCGAAAGCGCAAAGCAGAACAGGGCGCAGAGCAGACUUCAGUCGCAGCUCCAGGCUUCGUCUACACGGCUGUUUUUCCACAAACAGAAUAGCUUCAUAAUGUCUCACUCCGACGGGGAGCCUCACGAGGAUGUGAAAGUAGAGGCUCCUUUCCUGCCCAGUCCUCCGGUAACACCGUCUAUGUGCUCGCCUCCGACCCUGGCCUCCCCGACGCCGGUUCGGUCUACCGGGAAAAACCAGUGUGCCAGCUGCGGCACAGAGAUCCAAGACAGAUACCUACUGAAGGUGAACAAUUUGAAUUGGCACGUGGGAUGUCUGGAGUGUUCAGUCUGCAGAGUAUCAUUACGUCAGCACAAUAGCUGCUACAUCAAAAACAAAGAAAUCUUUUGCAAAUUGGAUUAUUUCAGUAGGUUUGGCACCAAGUGUAGCCAGUGCGGGCGCCAGGUGUUUGCCACUGACUGGGUACGGCGGGCACGGGGCAGUGUGUACCACCUGGCCUGCUUCGCCUGCUACUCCUGUAAGAGGCAGCUGUCCACAGGGGAGGAGUUUGGUCUGGUGGAGGGCCGGGUGCUCUGUCGGGCCCACUAUGACACCAUGGUGGAGAACCUCCAGAGAGCGGCGGAGAACGGGACAGGUCUCACUUUAGAGGGAGCCUUGCCCUCUGAUCAGGAUGGCCAACCCAAACCAGCCAAGAGAGCACGCACUUCCUUCAGCGCUGAGCAGCUACAGGUGAUGCAGUCUCAGUUUUACCAAGACAACAACCCUGAUACUCAGACCUUACAGAAGCUGGCAGACAUGACAGGUCUGAGCAGACGGGUCAUACAAGUUUGGUUUCAAAACUGCAGAGCAAGGCAUAAAAAGCAUCCUCCCCCCCAGCACAACGGUCACCUCCAGGGCGCCCCUUACCCCCACUCUAGAUUGCCCCCCUCACUGCCAGACAACCUCUACUCCCCCUUCAGCAGUCCUGACAGACCACACCUGCUGGCUCUGCAUGGAUAUAUAGACAGUCAUCCCUUCUCAAUGCUGUCCUCCCCUAACCACCUCAUCCACCCAGGCAUGACCUUACCACAGUUGCCCAUCAGCCACUAAGUCAUGCCCCUGAGACCACCUCCUCCACAAGCCAUCUCUCUCGCGGACCUUUCCAUCCCAAACCUCUGAGAACAGUUCAACAUCUGUCUCUUCCAUUUGACUACACAAGAGGACUUUUACCGUCUCCAUAGUAUGUCAAAGGUGGAGAUAUCACAUAUUCAAAUGGAUGGACGGUUUUUAUAAAGGCAGCUAGACUUUAGAUCGUCGUGGGGAAAACAUCCCAGUUCAAUACAAAUGUGGUAAUCAUCAGGACCAGAUUACACCACCCAUUUGACAGGGAUCUGUUGGAUCUCCAGGACCAGGGUUAGGAACAGGAAGACUCUUCCAACAGAACAUUUCAAUUCAAUCACUGCGGAUUCAGAUUUUUCAUUGUCUUAUUCAUCAACUUAUAGUAUUGAAGGUAUUUUAUUUUUCAAUUCCAUUCGUUUUAAAUAUGACUUUUUUUUCUGUUACUCCGUCUGCUUGUUUUCCUGUAUAAAACCCUCCCAUGCAUGGACUUACAUAUUUCUGUGUAAGGUGAGGAUGAAGACUC